AUGAGCAAAAAAGUUGCAUCACAUGCAUUGAAAAAUAAUGAUUUUGAGGUGUGGUGGAGUUCAAAUGAUAAAAGUCCAACUAGCUCUGGUGUGGGGCUCAUGAUUAAAAAAUCAAUAUCAAUAUAUGUCCAAAAGGUCAAAGAAUCAAAUGAUCCUGAUAAAUUAGAACUAGAUAGAAUGAACAAUAAAAAAAUAGAUAGAAAAUACCAUUUUAUCAAAUUUUUACAAAAUAAAAAUUAUAUUGACAUUCAUACAAACAUAGAAGAUGACAAAUGUUAUACAUGGAAGAACAACAAUAGUACAAGUAGGAUAGAUCUCAUAUGGAUGCCAAAUAAUAUGCUAGAUGAAGAAGCUAAUAUAAAAAGGAAACAAAUGAGAAGACAAGUAUUUUCUUUUGACAACAUGAAAGAAGAAGACUGGUUAAAAUAUGCUGAAACAAGUGACAACUUAUGGAAAGACUCUCAAAUGAAUAAAUUUAAAUUUCCUGAAAAUCCUGGUCAUCAUGAUCUGAAUAGAAUGUGGGAUGCAGUAAGAAAUACUCUCAUCAAAACAGCCGAAAAAACAAUUCCAAAACGAUGGGUAUCAGAAUCAUUCAAAUACAUUAAAUCAAAAGAAUUGAUCAAAAAUUAUAGCUAUCUCAGGAAGGUUAACAAAAUUUUAAUUAAAUUCAACAAUAUAAAAAUUUACAAUGACAAAAUACCUUCUCAGACUGAAUGGAAUAAAGACAUAAAGAUUUUAAAUAAUAUCAUCAAUAAUGAUUUAAAUGAAAAUGUAAAAUAUGAUUAUGGUAUUGAUGAAAUAGAAGGAUUAUAUGAGCCAUUGGUCAUGCAAUUAAAAAUGAUCAAUUCAACAGAUGAAUGGCCAGAUUUUUAUAUACCAUCACCACCAGCAUUUUGUGAGAUUAAUUUUGAGGAGGAAACAGAUAAAACAGCAGCAAAUUUUCAAAAUAUUUUCAUAGAAUAUUUUUUUAAUAAAGGUGUAAAUAGACAAAUAAAUUGGUAUAAAACAGGAUUUGAACAUUUAUUUCCAUUCAAAUAUCUUAAAUAUUUAACACCAACACCAGCUGAGUUUACAUAUUUCUUUUGUGGUAGAACAAAAGAAGAUUGGAAAUUAGAUACAUUAAAGAAAUACAUUCAAAAAAAAAAUCAAUCACCAAUAAGUGAUAGGGACUAUAUGAUGGUGUUAAGGAUUAUGAGUAAUCUGGACAUGAAAGAUCGUAAGCAACUAUUAAGAUUUGCAACAGGUAGCACAAGAUUCCCAAUUGGUGGAUGGGAGGUAUUAGGGCUUAAUCUUGAUGCAUUUCCAACUGAAGAAGAACAUUAUUAUCCAAAUUAA